AUGUCUUUGCCGCAGAGGCCAGGCAAGGCCUCACCUCGCCGCGAAGAAGCCCGCGCAUUUCGUGAACCGUCUCGGCGUCGCCGAAGAGACCCCGAAUCUGGCAGCUACAGCGACGACCCGACUUCUCCAUCUCACCGACACCGUCGCCGACACUCUCACAGCCAGCGGAGAACAAUGGAUACCGAUGAAGAGCGCUUGGAGCGGGGCACUGAGGUGCGACGCAAAAAGACCAUGGUCAAACCAGAGCGCCGACGGGAGGAUCCUGAUCACCCAAAUUAUCACUACCGUCAGCGAUCACACCAUAUGUCUACCUUUCCCUCUACCACGGGAAAUGACCCGCUACUAGACAACAGAGAUGGAGAGGCAGAGACCAAUAGCUCACGCAGCAUGGAAUCGAAAAAGGAUGGUCUCUACGGUGCUCGGGGUAAUGUCAACAAACCCAUGGACAGAGUACCCAGCAGACAUCGCUCGAAGAAGAAGAAGAGAGGAUCACGACGGUCAUCAAAGGGUGCUUCUGCGGACGAAAAGAGGCGCCAGAAGACUAUUGAGCAGAGUGGUCCACCGGAGCUAUGGCCUACCUACUGUGCAGUGCUCACAUUCUUCAUUCCGGACUUUGUGCUGAAAUGCUUCGGCAUGCCUGAAAAGGAGCAGCGCACUGCCUGGCGAGAGAAGAUCGGUCUGAUCAGUAUUAUCCUCAUGAUCGCUGCGUUUGUCGGUUUCCUGACUUUUGGCUUCACUGCUACGGUUUGUGGCUCGCCUCCGGUUCGUUUGAAGGUCAACGAAGUCAACUCCAAUUACAUGAUCUUCCAUGGAAAAGCUUAUGACUUGACUGGAUCAACCCACGGAGCCGCGGAGGGCAUUCCCUCAGGCACGAAUGUUCUUUACGAUCUGCCACACAAGUACGGUGGCCAGGACGGCAGUUUCUUCUUCCAGCAGGUCAAUGGUGCGUGCAAGGGAUUGAUUACUGCCAAGUCUGACGGAGGUGUGCCGACAAACUCUGAUGGAGAUUUGGGCUGGUAUUUCCCAUGCGCGCCCUUCAACCAGGACGGUUCAUCUUCGCCAAACUUGACUGUUGACUACUACCUGGGCUGGGCCUGCCACACCAGCAAAUCAGCACGCAACCCGUUCUACACCCUGUCCAGUGAUGGAGAUGUGUACUACACAUGGGAAGAUACUAAAAACAAGAGCCGAAACCUGGCGGUGUAUUCCGGUAACGUGCUUGACCUCGAUCUACUGGCCUGGUUCAACAGCAGCCAGGUUUCGUACCCGGCUCAAUUCGACCAUCUCCGCAAGAAUCCCGAUGUUCGCGGUGUUGACCUUACCUACUAUCUUCAAAGUGGGGAAGACAAGAAGGUCGGCAAGUGCUUGACACAGAUCAUCAAAGUCGGCAGCAUCGACACUGAUACUGUUGGCUGCAUCGCCUCCAAGGUCGUGCUCUACGUGUCCCUGAUCUUCAUUCUCUCUAUUGUGGUGGUUAAAUUCGCUUUCGCGUUGCUGUUCCAGUGGUUCCUAGCACCCAGAUUUGCCGCUCAAAGCACGAGUAUGGCCUCUGAUGCCAGAACUCGUAACCAGCAGAUUGAAGACUGGUCCAACGAUAUCUACCGACCUGCUCCCCGAAUCACGGAGCCUGUUGCUCCCGAUCGCAUGAGCAAACGCGCCAGUUUCUUGCCCACUACCUCCCGCUUCUCCAGUCCUUACAAUGUGAGCAGCAGCACAGGCAGCAAGCAAAGGCCCAUGUACGUCACUAUGGCCAGUCAGAACUCGACUUCUCGACUCAUGCCGAACUCGAAUCCCGACACAAUGUACAAGUUGAGCCACAAUGGCAGUGGUGGUACACUGAGUGCUGAGAACUCCCGGAAUAAUCAUGCAGCCAGCCGAACCAGCUUACUUCCCCCAGGUCAAGACCCAGGCUACGCGACACUCAUGGCGGAUCAUGAUGGUCCCGGACCUGCUGGUUUCAUCCACGAGGCAGUCGUCCCCCAACCUCCACCUGAAUGGCAGCCAUUUGGUUAUCCUCUCGCGCAUUCUCUUUGUCUGGUCACUUGUUACUCCGAGGGCGAGGAAGGUAUCCGGUCAACUUUGGAUUCCCUUGCCAUGACCGACUAUCCGAACAGCCACAAGACGAUUCUUGUCAUCUGUGAUGGUAUCAUCAAGGGUAAAGGAGAGGAAUUCUCCACGCCAGAUAUUGUGCUCGGUAUGAUGAAAGACCCUGUCGUUCCUAUGGAUGAAGUCCAGCCUUAUUCCUACGUGGCCGUGGCUACUGGUUCCAAGCGACACAAUAUGGCCAAAGUUUACACUGGAUUCUACGACUACGGUGAUACGUCGAUCAUUCCUACGGAAAAGCAACAGCGUGUUCCCAUGAUGGUCAUUGUUAAAUGUGGAACUCCCCAGGAAUCCACCCAGUCGAAACCCGGUAACCGAGGCAAGCGAGAUAGUCAGAUCAUCCUCAUGUCUUUCCUUCAGAAGGUCAUGUUCGAUGAACGUAUGACAGAGCUCGAAUUCGAGAUGUUCAAUGGCAUGUGGAACGUCACAGGCAUCCCACCAGAUUUCUAUGAAGUCGUUCUUAUGGUUGACGCCGACACGAAAGUCUUCCCCGAUAGUCUUACACACAUGGUUUCGGCCAUGGUGAAAGAUCCAGAAAUCAUGGGUCUCUGCGGAGAAACCAAGAUCGCCAACAAGACUGACAGCUGGGUAACCAUGAUCCAGGUUUUCGAGUACUUUAUUUCUCACCACCAAGCCAAAUCCUUCGAAUCCAUCUUCGGUGGUGUGACCUGUCUGCCAGGAUGUUUCACCAUGUACCGAAUCAAAGCACCGAAAGGCGGCCAGAACUACUGGGUGCCGAUCCUCGCCAAUCCAGAUAUCGUCGAGCACUACUCCGAAAAUGUCGUCGACACACUGCACAAAAAGAACCUGCUCCUUCUGGGCGAGGAUCGCUACCUCACAACUCUGAUGCUCAAAACUUUCCCCAAGCGCAAACAAAUCUUCGUCCCCCAAGCUGUCUGCAAAACCGUCGUCCCAGACGCCUUCAUGGUCCUGCUCUCCCAGCGUCGUCGCUGGAUCAACAGUACUGUCCACAAUCUCUUUGAACUCGUUCUCGUGCGCGAUCUCUGCGGAACCUUCUGCUUCAGCAUGCAAUUUGUUAUCUUCAUCGAGUUGGUCGGAACUCUUGUCCUCCCUGCCGCUAUCUCCUUCACCAUCUACGUCGUCAUCUCCUCCAUUGUCAGAAAACCCGUACAGGUCAUCCCGCUAGUUCUUCUGGCUCUGAUCCUAGGUCUGCCUGGUGUAUUGAUUGUUGUGACUGCGCACAGACUUGUCUACGUACUCUGGAUGCUGAUUUAUCUCAUCUCCCUCCCAAUCUGGAACUUCGUUCUACCAACCUAUGCGUUCUGGAAAUUCGAUGAUUUCAGUUGGGGCGAUACGCGGAAGACUGCCGGCGAGAAAGACAAGGGCCACGGUGAUGCCGAAGGCGAGUUUGAUAGUACCAAGAUCACGAUGAAGAGGUGGCGGGAUUUCGAAAAAGAACGCCGCCUGCGCAAUACUGCAUGGGCUCAACAAGCGGAUCCCUAUCCAUCGCACUACGAGACUUACUCCCAUUAUUAA